AUGUCGCCGAAACGUUUCCACAGCGAAGGUGUCGACCCUGAGCCUCUAGGGCGCCCUUUGACAUUUGAGUUUAGCGGUAGGACUGCUAUGAAUCGGUUCAUGAAGGCUGCGAUGACGGAACGCCUCUCGACGUGGGAUCCCAAAGAUUUUCUAAAGCGUGGGAUACCCACCAAGGAGCUGAUCAACGUGUACAAGAGAUGGGGAGAGGGCGGCUAUGGCGUUAUCCUGACGGGGAACACGAUGCUGGAGUAUGAUCAGCUCGAGGCCGCGGGCAACCCUAUCAUUCCCAGAGAUGCGCCAUUCUCUGGCGAAAGAUUCCAACGCUUUGCUGACCUGGCAUCUCAAGCCAAGGCGCACGGAAGCCUCAUCAUUAGCCAAUUAUCUCAUCCAGGUCGCCAGGUUUCCGCGGAGAUCCAAGAACACCCUAUAUCGGCAAGUGAUGUUCAGUUGGAAGGGCGUAUCCUAGGUAUGACGUUUGCAAAACCGAGAGCCAUGGAUAAGAAGGAUAUUCAGCAAGUGAUCGAUGGGUUUGCUCAUGCUGCGGAAUAUCUUUAUAAAGCUGGAUUUGACGGGAUCGAGUUGCACGGAGCACACGGAUAUUUGAUAGCGCAGUAUUUAUCACCGACUACCAACAAGCGAACGGACGAGUACGGAGGCUCGCUCUUAAAUCGCGCGCGCAUCAUCUUCGAAAUUGCCGAUGAGAUUCGCAAGCGAGUCAACGACAAGAAGUUCAUCGUGGGCAUCAAGGUCAACAGCGUAGAGUUCCAAGAAAGCGGGUUUACCACCGAGGAUUGCAGAGAGCUAUGCGCCGCCCUAGAGCAGCGCAGUUUUGACUUCGUCGAGCUAUCGGGCGGAACGUACCAACAGCUCGCCUUCCAUCACAAGCGAGAGACUACCAAGAAGCGAGAAGCCUUUUUCUUGGAUUUCGCCGAAAAGAUCGUGCCCCAGUUGACGAAGACUAAAGUUUACGUUACAGGGGGUUUGCGAACCGUAGACGCCAUGGUGAACGCGCUCAAGACCGUAGACGGGAUCGGAUUAGGAAGGCCCAUCGGUAACGAAUUCGAUCUACCGAAGAAGAUGUUGGACGGGCGCGUAAAGAGCGCCAUUGAGUACUUUGACGAGCAAGAUUUCGAGCUCACAAAUAUGGCAACGGGCACACAGAUACGACUAGUAGGAAAAGAUAAGGAACCGCUGGACCUGAGCCGAGACGACCACAAGGACGUGUUCCUUAAGUCUAUGCAGAAGUGGGCGCAGGAGAUGAGUGAGGAUAAAGAUCACACCAAGUACGGGUACGUCGACAUCGAAGGUCUGAAGUUGGAACCGUAUGGGACCCCGUACGCAUCAGCUUGA